GAACCGCACCUUUCCUGUGCACCACGUAUGUUCAUGCGUACAUACCGAACGAUUUUGCAGCACGGCAGAGCGGGGUCAUAUCAUACGGCUUAUCUUUGGCCAGCGCUGCCAUGACUGCGCCACAGAAUGUCAGACCUUGCUCAGACAUUCACUUCAGGCUGAAGUCGAAUCUUGGAGAAAUAUGAGAAAGUGACUGACGUAAUGUUACUUCCUGUAAUGAAACGUUCAGAAUGGAACAUCGCUUUAUCCCGCCUCAUUAUAAUGGAACCAGUUACCAUGACGUCAAGAGAACACGACGAACCAUAGCCUGGGGCUAGUCGGAGCCUAGUACAUGUACUGAUGUUGUCGGAGGUUUGUACCAAUGAACUGAUUGCAUCAAGAUGGACAACAUUCAUUCUAGAGACGGUCCUGACAACGGACUGACAGAAAUGCCUCAGCACGCCACCCAGAUUCUUCAGUCUCUCAACCAGCUGCGCAAGCAGGGCGAGCUCUGCGAUGUGGUGCUGAAGGUAGGUGCAUGCAGGGUACCUGCCCACCGGGCCGUGCUGGCCAGCUGCAGCCAGUACUUCCGGGCCAUGUUCACUGGUUCCCUGUGCGAACGGGAGAAAGAGGAAAUAGAGCUUAAGUCGGUGGACGAGACGGCCCUUCAGACCCUGGUGGAGUUUGCCUACACGGGGAAGGUUCGCGUGACCCACGCCAACGUCCAGACGUUGCUUCCUGCCGCCAGUCUACUGCAGCUCAAACCUGUCAUCAAGAUUUGCUGUGAUUUUCUUGAGGCCCACCUACAUGCCACCAAUUGCAUCGGCAUCUCCUGUUUUGCUGACACACAUGCCUGCACCGAUCUCCACCGCACUGCCCAGGCCUUCAUCGCCCGCCACUUCGAGGAGCUGAGCACCAGCGAGGAGUUCCUUCAGGUGGAACACAGUGACUUGGCCAGCAUCCUGAGCCAGGACGACCUGCUCAUUGGCUCAGAGGAAGCGGUCUUCAACGCUCUGGACAGCUGGGUGCGCUAUGACCCCAACAAGCGGGGCUGCUAUAUGGGCAAGCUCCUACACUGUGUGCGCCUGCCGCUCAUGACCCUGCAGACACUGACGGGGCUGUAUGAAGCCAACCCAUUCAUCCGGGACAAUCCCUCCUGCCAGGAGCAGGUGAAUCGGGCCCUGAGGUACCACCUCAGGCCUGAGGAGAGGCUACAUGUGGCUCGGAAGAUGGGGGCCCGGGUAAAGACGAGAGGGGAGAAAGGAUUACUCUGUGCAAUGGGAGGCAAGAAUGGGCUAUUUGCUACACUAGAUAGUGUUGAGGUUUACCAUCUGGACAACAACGUGUGGUCCGAAGUGGCGCCACUCAGCUGUCGACGUCAGGAGUGCGCAGCCGUAGCCAUCCAGCAAACCCUGUAUGUGACAGGAGGGAUCAUCUCGGAGCUCCGUAACGGCUCCAUGUGCCGGCGCCACGACAACGGCACCGAGUGCUGGUCCCCUGCCACCAACGCCUGGACCAAGGUCGCGUCCAUGCAGACCAGCCGGAGCAACCACGGGGUGGCCGUCCUGAACGGGACAAUCUAUGCCCUAGGGGGCUACACAGGGCAGCUGUACCUGCGUAGCGUAGAGUGCUACGACCCAAAGACCAACCAGUGGAAGGACGUGGCACCCAUGAUCAACAGUAGGAGUAUCUUCAGUGCGGCAGUGGUGGAUGGGAAGUUGUAUGCCAUUGGUGGAUACGGACCCAACUACCUUAAUAGUGUUGAGCGCUACGACCCAGACUUGGAUACGUGGGAAAUGGUAGCCCCCAUGGCAGACAAGCGCAUCAACUUUGGCGUGGGUGUGAUCCACGGCUUCAUCUACGUGGUUGGAGGGCACAACGGGGAACGGCACUUGAGCAGCGUGGAGCAGUACAACCCCACGCAGGGAACGUGGACAACGGUAGCAUCAAUGAACACGACCAGGACAGGUCUGGGUGUAGCAGUACUGGAUGGCAUGCUAUACGCUGCUGGGGGUCACUCGGGCUCAACAUACCUUGACCUGAUGGAGAGGUAUGACCCUUACAACGACACGUGGAGCAUCGUCCGCAGCAUGAUCAACUGCCGCUGUAACUUUGCCUUUGCUGCCCUCUGACAGUGUACUGCAGUGUAUUCACCCAGAAACAAAGUCCUAUUUUGACGGGACGUUGGCAUGGAUAGUCUUGUUCCCAGCGGGCUCAGUGAUUAUCAUCCUAGCACCAGCCGUCUUUCGGGCAUAUACCGUACCACUUCCCCCAUUUCCCACUGGUUUAAGUAUCCGAUACAUUUAAGGUCUGGCUGUUUACAAUGAUGCUUCAGGUACACAAGAGUAUCCAGUGGUAGUAUAUGUGUGGUAUGAACGUCCCAUUUUUGUGCAAAUUUUGGGUGUUGAUAGUUUGACGCACAACAAAGUACCGAAGAGUGGUGUGCCGCACGGUAAAAUGCCCUUGAUGAAUGGACAAUUCACAUGACUCCUGAAAGGUUGACCAGUUGGUAUGAACUUGCAAUAUCAUAAUACUGUUGUACACUGAUUGUGCAGGUAGUUAACCGCGGUUCAUACCAGUAUGUAAAAAUCACUUAAAUCAGGUAACUAGAUGUACCUAUGUACUUUUUACUCCAACAUGCCAUUGUACAUGUACAUGUAUGCCACAAUUGUUCGCCAAGACAGUGUGCAUUUUCAGAUUGUACCAUUUUGAAAUGUUAAUUUUACAGAGUUUGAAUAGUUUAUAAUUUAUGCAUCUGUGUAUGAACCUUGCAUGCUGCAUUGCGGCUGAAAUGGUUUUCAAGUCAAACAACUCAUAAAUUUAAAUUUUGCAAUUUGGUUUUUUUAUAUUGAUUGUGUUUAUAUUCAGAGAGGCUUCACUAAAACUCUGUAAUUUUUCCUGUUGUUUUCUGUAGCACUAGGUACACAGAACCGGUGGCUGCCCAGCAAUAUAACAGUUUUUCUGAAUGAGCUUGUAAAUUAGGGUUAUUAUGGCCGAGAUAUGCCGUCCAAUUUGGUUCACUAGUUCUUCUACAGUAUUUAAGGUACACUGUACAUGCAAAAUCAUCAUGCACAUGUGGCUAUCAAACUUGACACACCUAGAAAUACAGUUUUGAUACAUGCAUCUCUUUUACCUGGCAUAUGUGGGGCGAGUAACCUUUUCAAAUCUUUUGUAAGGACCUACCCUGCAGGAAAAAAAAAAUUGAAUGGGGAAAAAAAAAACGAUUCAGAAUCAGUCUGAAGAAACUUGCAGCUGACGACAUUGAGGCUUGUAGCCUGUUGCUGCUGCGAAAAGCUGUUUUCUGACCAGCAUUUGCAAAAAUUGUUGCUGUUAUCUAUUAAAGAUCAUCUACAUGUAAGCUAUGCUCAUAUGCCUUGGGGUUCCAAUAUCCUAUGUAGUUCUGGAACAACUGCACCAAAUUGAAUGAGACUUUGACAAUGUCUGAAUCACUUGGCCAAGGCUGGAAAUACACCAAUGGCAGUCGCUAGCUAGUGGCUGGAGCCAUUUUCCAUAGACUUGAAUGUUACUGCUGGCCGUGGCUAAGUUGUUUUGACGUCGUCUUGCAGAGAAAGGUUUCAAGUCAUGGACGGCCCUGCCGUGUUUGAACAGUUUCAGUUUUGUACAUUUCAUACCAAUUUGAUUAUAAGUUGAUUUGAAAAAAACUCUCAGACACCCAUUGAAGAAGGUUACAAGAGCCAUCACAGUGAGUCAGAUUUAACGAUUAUUUUUUUAAGUGAAAGAGUUUGUUCAAAUCAAACUGUAAUUACUGUACAUACAAUUUCAUUUUUUUAAAUUGCAGAUUUUCUCAUGGCUCGUAUUGUGCAUGAGGACGAGCACGGUUUUCAUUGCAGCCAUUUUCAAAUUCAAGAUCCUUUACUUAAAAAAAUGAAAGUAGCUCUUUGAGGUUUUGCUAUGGUUGAUUACAAGUUGUUCGCUGUACUUCAUUCUACAAGCAUGGCUUUGUGUACAAGCACCACUGACGUACGCUGUGACAAAAGGAGAGGCUGAACUGACCCUUCAUGCUGAACAUUCAAAGCCCCUCAUAAGGUGUGCAAAGUCACUGUCUUGGUAUAACGUGGAAACUGUUCAGCAGGAAUUUCACAUUGAAUUAAAUUCAACUGGUAUUCUAAGUGAAUCUUCAACAGUGUCUGAAUGUAGUCAUUGAUGCAUUGGGGUUAGCCCCGGUGAUGACUGCACGGAUUAGCAUACAUUCAUAUAUGAAAAAUUAAGUGUUAACUUUUUGCCAUGGGCACAUGAACGGUGAGGUACGUUGGCUCGGUGCCCCCAUACUUGGUAGAAUAGCAGCCUGUCUUGUUCUCCUGGUAUUCACACUCGACCUCAUAUUUGCAACUUGAUCGUAACUUUGGUGUUAAUAACUGUCAAGUUUGAAAUCGUGCACUUCUCUUAACAAAUGAAUAUAAUAAAAAUCUGACAACCUGCUCCUUCCUGUUUAAUCAACUUUUUGACUAAGCAAUACCUGAAUACAAUAACAUUUUAAUCUAUCUGUCAGGGAUACAAUAGUACAUUAUUAAAAACUGCAUAAUAGUCUCUUACACAGCAAAUUUCAAGCGCAAGUUGAAAAUUUCUGAUUGUAUCCGUAAUUGUGCAAUAGCAGUGCUUGUAUUAAGCUAACUUUCAUUCGACAGGAGUUGAAGUUUUGAACUUGUAUUAAUACCGAUGUCGUUUUGGUUUAAAAGGCACUAUAUUGAUGUUGAAAGAUGUCAGAGUAUUAACACCUGACCUUAACACUGCUGGUAGAAACACCUGCAAACUGACAAAACUGAGAAUAAGCUUUGAAAAUGAGACGUCAUUUUUGCCCUAAUGACAACUGUUCCCCCUGAUGUUGCUUCUUCAAUUUAUAGUGUACACUCGCAAUUUAAAUUGCCCAGCAGUUUUGUUACAGAUUUUUACAACAAUUCUGAGAACCUCAAUUAUUGUUUCAAAGGCUUCAGCAGAUUUAAACCACACCAAAAAUGACUGUCAUAGAAAAGUAUUGCGUUAACAAGGAUGUUUGGCCAGGCGUAAACUGGUCGCCAGAUUUUAAAAAGGCUGACUUAUGAGUGAUGUCACAAUAUCUACGGCAUAUUCCAGCCCUAAGAUUUUCCUCUGUCGGUUGACCAACACAACAUACCAUUUAUAAAACUAUAAAAUUUAAAAUGCUUGCGCGAAAACAAAAACCUCGAGUUUUUCGAGGGGGCCAUGGGGGUGAAACCUGUUUUCAGUAAAAUUAAAAGCUUAAAGGAACUGCACAUUUCUGCUGCAGACAAGUUAACCAAUUGAUCGGAAGAUCAAGGAGGUGGGUCUACCCAACCAUAGUUACACAAGACCUCAUGGGGCAUUGUUCAAUAUGAAAGACUGUAUUUUUUGAAAUGCAUUUUAAUGAAAUUAUCCUUUCAAAUAAGCUCUUAAAAAAUAGUUAUUCAUUUCCGUUCAAAUUAUCAAAGCUUUUCACCAAGAAAUUGUACGGCUAAUAUGUACAGUCAUUUGAAAAGGGUGAAUACAUGCGCACAUAUGCCAAGUAUAUGAUUAUUCCAUCUAAGCAUAAUGAUAAAAAUGUCACUACAAAAGGUUACUCCUCGUGCGUAUUUAUACCACAGUUGUAGCUACGACAGGUUAAUUGUAAUGGCUAUAACAAACUGUAUCAAGGUACGAUGAAGCUUGGGGAACACUUCCUGCAGUUAAUUUGGCAUAUAGCAACUUGUGUAAUACUAUGAAAUAUAGUACUGAACUGUGGAGAGUAAAGGUAUUGCAGAGAUAUAAUAAACUUCUUUUCAUCAACAAAAA